AUGGAUUCGAUCUCGUCUUUGAGCCAGAAGGGGCGAAAAGGGGGUGGAGGAAAGCGGGAAGAGGAGGAGGAGGGUGCGAACGAGGUGCGAGCAGCAUCGGCGGAUUUGCAAAGAGGAGAGGGGCGUGAGAGGGCAACCGCUAGUAGCAGGGAAGGCGAAGGGCUCAGGAAGAAUGCUCUCCAACCAGAGCGAGGAGGGCAGCAGCAGGAGCUGACGGGACGGCAGCAGGUACAGGAAAGGAAGGAGCAGCAGCCGGCACGGCAAGGGAAACAGCAGCAGCAGCUGCUGCUGCAGGUGCAGCAGGAAGAUCAUACAGGCAGGGUCACGAAGGCCGGGGGUAGGAGCGAGGGAAGGGAGGAGGAGGCAGGGAGAAGGGACGGAGAAACGGUGGAGAAUACAGGGAUGGAUAGGCUGCGCGAGAGAGGGAGGAGCAGCAGCAGAAGCAGGGUCGACGGAGAUGAGGAUGGGAUUGAGGGGAGGGAUGAUGAGAGGCGGGUGAGCGAUAGAAGCGGAAGGAGCAGGAGAAAGGGGUCUGGAGCCGGGGCUAUAGGUGUGGAGGUGAAGAUGGCUGCUAAGCAGAGGGGCUCUAGCGUGGGAUCAGCUUCUGAAGUUUUCGGGGCAGAGGAGUUGGCAGGUGCGAAGUUCAAGGGGAGAAAGGGCGGGCAGCGGAGUUUGCUGAGCAGUGGAGAGGAAGCAUCUCAUAUUGACACCCUAAAGUACCAAUCAAACGGAGGGCACGAGCAGCCCCAGCAGCAUAUUGAAGAGCAGCUGCACCCAGGUAUCGACCGGGCCCGGGUGGCAGUAGUGCAGGCAGUCCCACCGCCCCACAUGCCCAUCCGGCCGCCACACCGCCGACGCAUUCACAUCCAUGUACACCCCUCCCACGCCCUCCACCAACCUCUUUAA